UGUUACUAAAGUUUAAUAGUAACAAUAUCAGAGCUACUUAAUUCAGUGGCAAAUCACAACAAAGACCAUCUCAGGGCACUUACAUAGUCAAGUGUAGACCUUAGGGUGUUACAGGGAAAACUGGCCAAACCCUGAGCAGCAUUUGGGGACAGUGGAGAGGAAAAACUCCCUGUAACAGACAAAACCUCCGACAGACUUAACGACGUUACAGUGAGGAACUCCUGUGAUUUUUUUAUGGUUCUGAACUGAACUUUUGUUUGAUGCAGCUAACAAGGCAAUUAACUUUUCUUAACAUGAACUAAUCACAGAAAGUAAGAGGAGCCUGGGUUCACUAGGCUCCUUCCCCUUCGCUGUGUACAAAACAGAUAAACAUGACCAACAAUAUACUAAUAAAUAAAAAAAUGUAAGCAACACACAUGUAACAUAAACCAGCUACCACCUAUACUACAGUUGAUGUUGAUGGACGUGCAGCUCCGGUCUGAGCCCGUUUGUGUUGUUUUGUGUCAUAUUUAUGUUUAUUUUGUGUCCUUCAGUUGAACCUGGGUGCGAGUUUUACUCUGCCUGCAAAAUACCAGAACAGGACAAAUUUGUGUUGACGAGGAGGAGGAGGAGAGUUUCAUCAAUCCUCUCUCUCUCUCUCUCUGUGCUAUUGAACUGGCUGCUGAUCGAUUCAUUUUCUAUCUGGAUCAAUACCCUCUGUUAAACGCUUUUAUUUGAGACAUUCUAAAGCUAUGUUUCAUUCAAACUUUCAGAAUGCUUCAAUUUCCAUUAAUAUUUUCUGACUUGUUUCUACUCUGAUGUUUCUACUGAACAAACUCGCCUGAGACUGGACACAGAUGGAGGUUUCUGUCUCCAGGUCCGGUAUCGACUCUGUGCUCCCCCUCAGGCCGCCCGGCGCGCUACUCUCCCGCGCAACCCAUCCGGAGCUCAGCCCGGGAGGAAGCAACGGCUGCUCGGCGCCUCCUUCGCCGCGAAGGGAGCUCGUUCCCCGGCUAGAGUUUCCUCUGCUGCCCGGUCAGCUCCAGCAGCUCCAGCCCCGCACCGUCAGCUCCUCCUUCCUAAUCCGGGACAUCUUGGCGGACUGUCGGCCGUACUCUGACCCGGGGCAGGCGGUACUGGAAGCAGAGCCGGGGUCCAGUCGAGGCCGGAUGAAUUCUGUCCAGAUGAAAGUGUCAGCAGCUGCUGUGAGUCCAGAGGUAGGAGACCGAGAGCGCGGGGAAGGGACGCGUGAGCUCACCUUCACCUGGCAGCUCUCACGUGACAUCAUGUCUCAUGUCCAUCACUCAGGGCAGGCCGAGGCCUCGGACUAUGCCGCGGACCGCCUGAAGAAACCGCGGAAAGCCCGGACAGCGUUCAGCGACCAGCAGCUGUCGAAGCUAGAGAGAAGCUUCCAGAAGCAGAAGUACCUGAGUGUCCAGGACCGCAUGGAGCUGGCCGCCUCGCUACAGCUCAGCGACGCCCAGGUCAAGACCUGGUACCAGAACAGGAGGACCAAGUGGAAACGUCAAUGUGCGGUCGGUCUGGAGUUGCUGGUUGGAGCUGGCAGGGUGCUCCUGCCCACACACUACCUGUAUCCACCUGCCCCACCCACACUGGACCUAUACUUGUACAGGGGCCAUGCCCCCCACCAUCUGGCCCCACCCUUACUGCCCCAAAUCCUCACCCACACUGAAGCACAUCCCCGCUGACAGCAACACACUGGGAGGACUGGUUCUUCCUGUGGGAGGACAAACAGCAACAGUGGCUCAUUAACAUUCUGACAUUUACUGACCCUUGUACACAGCAGAGAUGUAAUGGCACGUCUCCACCGUCUCUGGUUCUGUAGUUUCAAUUUGGGGACAAGAUCCUAGAACUGAAUUUGGGCUCUGCUCAGGACGUGAUACUAACCCAAGUUCUGGUAUUUCACUGUGUUUGAUUGUGACUGGUUGAGUAGACACUCGAAAACACCAACUGUAACCACCGCUGCGACACGAACACCCUGGAGGCAUCAGGAGCUGGAACCCGAGGUCAGAAAGCAGCAGGUUUCUCAGCAGUACAGGAUGCAGGGAACAUGUCAACACACCUUUUGUGUCCAUUAUUUGUGUGAGUAAUAGCAGCACUAGAGAGAAGAGGUCUGGGUCGAUGUGUCUGACCUGAACCACGACCCUGAAUGUGGCCACACUUGUUUUCUGGUGUUACAUUUUCAAUAAACAUGAGAAAGUCAACAUGUUUCUGCUUUGUUUCCAUGUACUGUGACGGGAACAUGGACUUGGCCUCCUCUCUGGUGUGUGGGGGUUUGGCUCUGGUUGUGUAGGUACACUGGCUUGUCUUGGUCUUUGGUGUUUCCGUUGGACUCUCAGGGUCUCACCCUAGACUCACUGUUCAGGCAGUUUUUACCUGAACUCCACCUCGACCGACUGUGGUUUUGACCUUUGUCUUUCUGAAAGAACAUAAACUUUAAUAAAUCUGUUGAGAUCUGCUC